GGUGGUAAGAGAAAGGACACUUAAUUGCACAGCCAUUUUCCAGCUACAUUUUACUUCUAAUACCUGCAGCUGGUUUGCUUAGCUCAGAACUGUGGAGGGAUUUGGUAAUAACUACAAGCAACUAAACUAGCAGAAUUGCUGCUGAACAUUCUUGAGAGAGAACAGUCCAAAACGCUUGAGUGCCUCUGAGCAGCUUAAGAAUGACGGAGAGCAACCCUCCUCCGGCUAACCUCAACACAGAUCCAGCCACCACUGGGUCUUCCACGCCACGCAAGGGGCCUCCCAAGUUCAAGCAAAGGCAAACAAGACAGUUCAAAAGCAAGCCCCCAAAGAAAGGAGUAAAAGGCUUUGGAGAUGAUAUCCCAGGAAUGGAAGGGCUUGGAACAGAUAUCACUGUGAUCUGUCCCUGGGAAGCGUUUAGCCACUUGGAGCUUCAUGAGUUGGCGCAGUUUGGAAUCAUCUAGUCACCCCCAAUCUUUGCUUGUGUAUUUAGUGACAUUGGGAGUUCUGGAACAGUCAUUGUCACCCAUAGCACUUAUUUUUAUCGUCCAUCCAGUAUGUUGGCAUCAUACAGAAACAGAUUUCUUUAUGAGUAUGAGUCAGUCAUGACCAACUGUUGUUUUGAUUUACCUUUGCAAGAAUUAGGAAUUGCUGCUAAAAUAACCAAUUGGUUCAUCAGUUAUGAACUUGGAAAACAUCAGAAUAUUCUUCAUGUUCUUUCUCCCUAAAAUAAUCCAUGUAUGGUAUGUCUCAAUUUGUGAUCCUAUAUUUCUUUUGUAUAUAUUAAAAAGAUCUUGCCCAUAAUUCUCCAUCUUGUGAAUGUGCAUGCAAAUGCAGGCAAUCCUAUAUUUUUCUGCAGUUUAAUCCAGUCUUAAACCCCACACUAAUAGCUGUAUGCUAAUAGCCAUAAGAGCUUAAUGAUACUCCAAGAUAACAAACAGCUCAAAACAAACAAACCAAAAAAAGGUCUCAAAGCUUGCAAAAAUAACCCAUUUUGCCAGGAACAGACUUGGAAACCUGCUGUAUUCUGUGGGCAGGUAAUAUCACAUCAGACAACUUGUUUCUAGCCAUAACGUUUCAUUCUUCUUGGGUUCAGGUUUUAAUAACAUUAAUUGCAAGAAAUUAGCUUUAGUCUUGAAAAUAUUAGGAACACUUUUAUUUCACAUCAGCUGGGCAUUGCAAAUAUUCCCAAAUGAAAGUCUGGUUUUAUUAUUAACUCUUCCUAGCCACAGUUGUUGCUUUCAUUGGUAGAAUGGUUGUUAAGAAAAUAUGAGCACUUCCCACAGUAAGUCAGGAUAUCUUAUAUAUGUUUACUUGGGAGUAAGUGACCAUGAGUACAGUGGGACUUACUUCAUAGUAGUCAUACAUGAGAUAGCAUUUUAACUCUCUUGGAGACAACAAGUAGAACGUUCUUCUGUUCUCUUCAGUUGCUGGAUAUGAUGAAUUUUCAUUUAAAACCAGAUAAGUUUUUAUUAAUAUUGUUUUCAACAUAUCCUGUAACUAAACUCUGAAAACUACUUUGCAAACAGCAUGUUCUCUACAUGAGUACACUUGAUUUUAAAGGGAAACUCUACAUACCCAUCAGGUUUGAAGAUCAUGUGAGUAUCUACUUUGCCACAUGUAUAUGGUAGAAGAUAGAAAUGUGAUUGGUUUGCACAAGAUAAAUUGUAUGUGUUCUUCUAUGCCUCAUUAUGCCUACGUAUAUAUCGAAAUCAGGACAGAAAAUCUUGUGUGAAGUAGCCACAGUAUCAGCAGAGACACUCACAUGACUGGAAGAAUGUUUGUAGGAAGGAAGCACUUUAAUUCCUUUCCAUUGCUCUCAUAUCCCACUCUGGACUUAGUAUCUCACAGCCCAAGAUGAUGAAUAACAGUGGAUGGAAUGGCUGUUGAAAGCUCUAGGAUAAAUCCUUCCUUCAUUUGAGAGAUAAUCCUUCCUUUGUUUGCUAUUUGGUAUUAAGAUGGGGAGAUGUUACCUUACAAACAUUUGUUCCUGGGCACAUCUACACUGACCACUUAGGUCGGUGUGAAACUGGCAGAGGAGGAAGCAGUUUCAACAAUGGGGUGAUAACAUAGGAAUUCCUGGAACUGGGUUGAGGCCUGGAUUAUUUUUAUACACCACAACAGAGGUUGGCUUCAACCUGAUUCCAGAAUAUGUAGUACCUGUAUUUGCAACUUCCCUGCCGUGGAGGAUUCAUUUCUUCCAGCUCUCCUUGCCCCAGUACACAUGUAUGGCUGAACAAAGCACCCGUUCCAUAAUCGGUUUUGCUAUGCGAUGUGAUUUACACUUAGGCUUUAUUUCCAAAUAUCCCCCAACUUUGCUUAUCCUUGUUUAAACCCCCUAAUGCAGAGAUAUUGCAUUAUCAAACUGUUUUCAAACUGCAUUGAAUGGUCAGUGUAGAUGUGCCCCCAGUGAAUCCUACCUACUGUAUCCUACUACCCCAUGCUACUGCUUCAGAUGUCUGACUUACACUUGAUUUUAAGACAUAGAGAAGUAGAGAACCUGAACUAUUGCUGUAAAGCAUCAGCCUCUGUAUAGCACACUUAUCAAAUAAAAUACAAUAAUGUAUCAAGUCUGGAAGUAAAAAUGUUACGCUUCAUCUCUUCAGGCUAAAGUGAAAACCAGCAAGUCAGCUCUAGUCCUGUUUUCAGUGCUAUAAGCCAGAUGCUGACUUUAGCAAUAGGAAAGAAAAUUAGACCGUGCUUAGUAUGCUAAAGCAAACAAAAUAGGAAUUGUUCCACAAUCGUUACUCUUAAUAAAAUAUGCACAAUAUUUUCAUGCACUAUUGCUCCUCAAUUACUUCAGCUUUCUCAUUAAAGGAUGGUUUAUCCUGUUUCUUCUUGAGAUCCUUCCUGAGGGUACUUUUACUUAGUAUUUAAAAGUGAUUUUAUUUCAUUAUCUUCAGUUGUGUUUUUCCUGGUUUUGUCCCUUCUUUGAUUCUGCUUUCUCUGAAAUUCUGUUUUAUAUGCCCUCUUUCUCUAUUUUGCAUGGAAUUCCCAUUUAUAGGAUGGAUAGAUUUUCAAAAAUAAUGUACUUUGGAUCGCAGCUGGGGGAGUAUGUCUGAUUUUUGCUAACAGUCAACAAAGAAACAGAAUGUUUGCUUCAGUAACAACUUUACCCUUUCUGUAAACAAUACUGAACAAUAUAUUAAUACAAUGAGGAUUAAAAUAGGACCUAACUUUUUAUAAUGUUUUCUAUGUAAUAAUGUCCAGAUUUCCUUAUUUGGUCUACACAGUCCCCUUGGUGGACUUUCCCCUUUUUUGUUGUUUAUAACUUGUGUAACCCGUGCCUGCUGAACAUUUCCCCUCAUGUAGAUUAGAGUUUGCCUAAAGUAGGACCAGCAAAUAGAGAAUCACUAUAUAUGACUGAUACAAGAAAUAUCACUGAAUCAUAAUAUGGACACUGCCAAGAAUGAGAAUAUCAUUCAGUCACUUCCUCAUCAACAAGUGAAUAGACCCUUGUUGAUCGCAGUGGAUGCUGCCCAGUAGAGGGAGAUUGGGAUGGAAUGCACUAACAAUGUUAAGCAGUGUUUAAUGUUUAUACAUGUAUAAAUUCCCAAUAGGUUCCAACUGACUAUAAUUGAAAGAUAAAUAAAACUAUAGUGGGCAAAACUGACCAUAUGCCUGCCUAGAUCUGCUGCCAAGUGCUAACAGUGGACAGGCAACUUUAAGAGCCCAUUAUGGGUUCCAAUCUCUAAUCUGCAUUUGUAUUUUAUAGUCCUUAAAAUAUAAAUUAGGAUGCAGCUUCCACCCCAUCCACACUGGCAAUACAGUGCAAGUUUUAAAACAUUGGUCAUAAUCCAACAUUUUGAAAUGUAUUUGUCGUGCAAUGCUUUUGACACGAAAUAAAUAAAUAAAGUACAUCUCCUUGUGCAGAAAGGUUUAUAUAUUCCUUCAGUUAUUAGUAAAGGUUGUUAGCACCAUAUCUUUAAUUUAUUUUUAUUCCAACAAUUAAAGAAAAAGUCUUUAUUUUUUAAAGAUUACUACCAUGUGAUUAAUCAUAUUCCUCAGGGAGGGAUAUGCUUCUUUUAUAUGUGUUUUGUUCUUGAAUCCGUGCUCCCUGAAGUUUUAACAAUAGCAUUGGGAAAAAUAUAGAGCUAUUUUGAAAACAAGCUCUAUAUUUAAUAUUCUGUCAAAAUGUCAUAGUACAUAUCCUCCAUCCUAGAUAGAUUGUUAUUCAUUUACUAUAAAAUGCAAAAAUGAAAUAAAACAUUGCUUAAAAUA